GGUGCCCGCAGUCCCGCCAUGCACUCCCUCGCCCAGGAGAUCCGCAGCUUCUCCAGGGCCAACCUGCGCAAGCAGCGCACCCGAGUGACCACGCUGACCGGCCGCAGGAUCAUCGAGACGUGGCGCGGCGCCUGCCUGCACAUGGAGGAGGAGGAGGAGGGGGAGCCCGGCGGCGGCUUCGUGCAGGAUCUGAGCGCUGACCUGCAGGUCGGAGUGGUGAAGCCCUGGCUGCUGCUGGGGUCGCAGGAUGCUGCUCACGACCUGGAGACGAUGAGAAAACAUAAGGUCACUCAUGUUCUAAAUGUGGCAUAUGGAGUCCAAAAUGCCUUCCUCAAUGACUUUAUAUACAAGACCAUUUCCAUUCUGGACCUCCCAGAAACUGAUAUUACCUCCUAUUUCCCUGAAUGUUUUGAGUUUAUUGAGAAAGCCAAGAUCCAGGAUGGCGUGGUCCUGGUUCACUGUAAUGCAGGAGUCUCCCGUGCAGCAGCCGUAGUCAUUGGUUUUCUAAUGAAGACAGAAAGACUGAGCUUUGCCAGAGCCUUUUCCUUGGUGAAAAAUGCAAGGCCUGCAGCAUGUCCAAAUCCUGGCUUCAUGGAGCAGCUUCACAAGUACCAAGAACACAUUGUAAAGGCAAAUGGAAGCAUAAACAGUCACAACUGAUCCAAAGAAGGAAUUGAAAUAUUCUGUUUUGACUGUACAGGAACUGUUGGAUGUACUUUAAUCUGUCAUUUUGAAAUCCCCUUUUACAUGUGCAUUUUCAAGUCUUUAUAUAUAUUUUUUUUCUUACCCUCCUUUGACCCUGUUUUUUUUCCAGCGUGUCAUCAAAAGGCCAAAUAUACUGACUUCAGAGAAGUUUUGCCUAAAAGCAGAGCACUAAUAAAAAGAUCAUUUUCCUUGAAAUAUUAUAAAACAAUAGAAUGAUGGUUUUCUUACGGAACCAUCAGAAAAUGCAGGCAAUAGAGAAAGGAAGUAAAAUAACUAAGGUGCUUUCUUUCAAAAUCUGUGCAUUCCUAGUUAGUUGUAAAAUCUAGAUAAUAAAACGUUCAUAUAAUGAAGUACCUUGAUACUGGAUUUUAAAAUUAUAUUUCAACUAUAGAUGAUAUUAUUGAAUUUUGUGGACUAGCCAGCCAUUAAUUUUUAUUUUUUUUUUAAUUAAAACUAUGGUCUUUUGAGGAUGCUCAAAAUGUAUAGGAUGUUUUAAUGCUUCAUGUAUUUAUAUUGUUUCUCAUCUAGUAGUGAUUUGAUUUGCACUAACAUGACAAGUCCAGUCUUGGAACCCUAGCAGGGUUUUUUUUUCCUGUAAAUCAUUUCAGUAGAGAUACAAAAAAUGUUGAUAAUGAUCUAUCUCUGUUCAUGCUACUGUGUUCUCUUCACACCUGAUCCUCACGUGCUGUCCCCUCACUCAUUCCACUUUGUAUGUAAAGAACAGACAUCAUAGGGUCUGU